AUGGGUAAAAAGGGCGAUCUUUCACCGCGUAAAAAAGCUGAAGUAAAGGCUCUUUUAAAUGCGAAAACAUUUUCGAACCGGGAAAUAUCACGAAGAUUGAAAGUUUCUGAAGCUAGUGUACGACGCAUAAAAAAAGUAAUUGAGUCGGGGGAGGAAUUAAGCCCGAAAAGAAAGAAAAGAUGUGGUAGAAAACCAAUUUUCACUCCUUGGUCAGAGAGAUGUUUGAAGAAAAUUUUUCUAGAAAACAGAUUUGCUACCACAAAGGUAAUAAAAUCACAACUCCAGGAUGCUAGCGUAAAUGCUUCUGAACGGACUAUUCGAAGAAAAUUGAAAGAAUUAGAUUUUAAAGCCUGUCGCCCCGCCAAGAAGCCCAAGUUAACAGCUGCAAUGAAAACAAAGCGACUGAAGUGGGCCAAGCAAUGGCAAGACAAAGAUGUGAACUUUUGGAGAUCGAAUAAAGCUCAGUAUGUGCGUCGUCGUCCAGGAGAAAAGUUUCGUCCUGACUGCGUCGUUACAACAGUUAAACAUCCCACCAAAGUGAUGAUUUGGUCAGUCAUCAGUGGCAAGGGCACUGGACGUCUGUACGUCGUGAAAGGAAUAAUGAGGCAAGACCAGUACAAAGAUGUUUUAGAAAAUCGGUUGAUUCCGCAGCUCAGAGAAUGGUUUCCAAAUGGGGAACCAUUCAUUUUCAUGCAAGAUAGGGCUCCCUGUCACACUGCUCAAUCAGUUAAAGCUUUCUUGGCAGAAAAUAAUAUUCCUCUGUUGGAUUGGCCGGGUUAUGAAUCCAAUAGAAAAUGUGUGGGAGCUGAUGAAAAGAGAAGUGGCUAA